CGACUCUGGCAGCACGGAAAUUUCGAAUACUGAAUCGACCUUCGAUACCCCCCGAUCGGACUCUAUGCGUACAAACUGACAGCGACAAGGCGUAAGACCCGAAGCGUAACGAAUGUCAGGAUGACGGAUAGAAUAGGUAGAUGUGAUGUGAACUUGCAAGUCAUGUGUGAAGCAGUAGUCGUUUGAUCCAAAUUUAUUACUUUGAAUUAAAGUUGAAUUCGUAGAUUAUAUUUAGUUAAUUUAACGAGAUUGCUCAGUUUGUUGCACUGUAAGUUGUUUGUAGUCUGUUAAAUACAGAAAAAUCCCAAAUUACCCUAGUAUUGUUCCCGUACAGGUUACCGCGAUCUGAUUGUUUCGGAUAUUGCUAGGAUUGUGUCUGCGUGUGAUCUCUAAAUUUCCUUUGCAUACAUUUAGUCCUGUGGACGAUAAAUUGGAUUAUUACUUCUAAGAUUGUUGGGAUAGAGCUAACUGAGGAUACCACUUUCUUAAGAACUCGGCACCACAACAUCAACCGUGCGAUUCUAAUAGAAGGUCCGAAAUUCUUCCCAACAAAGCUUAAGAAAGUGCUUCGAAUAGUGAAGGUAAGGAUGCCUGAAACGGAUCGGUUCGACUGCAAGCUCUGCCAGAGGUCGAAUAACGUGGACGACAUGGUCUUCUGCGCAGUGUGCCAAGAAUGGUAUCACUACCAAUGCGUGGGAGUGACGUCAGCGAUAGCCAACGAAAGCUGGAUGUGCGCACGGUGUGCGGCUUUGCCGUCAUCGACUCGGAUCGGCGAGUUGUCUGGAAGUGAUCUUGUAUUCCCAGCUACUAACGUCAACGUUUCCUCCACUAUGACUACCGAUCCACCGUUAGCCGUAGCACCGAACUCCUCAGUGGUAACGAUCGCAACCAACUCAGGGUUUACGCUAGCUGGAACAGCCGCAUUUUCAACGGCAUCGUCGACUGUGCCUCCUGGAUUGGUGCCACCCGCUGUGGCUGGGCCCUCCGGUCGGGUUCCGGCAAUGAUGAUUUCAACUACUACGACUAAUUACGGCCAACCUUUGCUGACAGAGCAGGCAAGAGCGAGUCUGCAAUGGGUGCAGGAACAUCGAGCAUUCCUCGAGCAGCAGUUGGAAGAGAGCCACAAGAAGGAACUGGAGAGGAAGAAGGCAAUGCUCAGUCAACUAGCGAAUAAUGCCCUGCAAGGUGUCAUCAGUGGGGCGGCAUCGAACAGCUUCAAUGAACAGUCCGCCGCGGUCGGGGUCGGCAAUGUCGGAGGCUGGCUGGGACGGAUGAUCGACGAGAUGGACAAUCUGUCAAUCACACCAGUGAGCACGGGGCCACAGGUGACAACACCGGUCACACCCGUAUUCAACAACAGCUCCACACCAACGACGGCGGGUUCUGCAAAUCAGUAUGUAUUCGAUCCUUCUUUCUCAUCCCUGAUGUUUGGGGUCCCUAGUAGCAUGUCGAGAGUUUCCACAGGCCCGGUUUCUGCAGGUCAGUGUUCUACAACGCCAUCUAUUCCUUUGUACGGAUACUCGCCACCUGGGGGGGAUCACCCUCGACAAAUCAGUGCGUUUCCUAUUAGCACUCAGGUUUCCUCGAUGGAUUUGAGGAAUGCGAACAUGACAAACGUGGUAACGGCCUGUCCGACGAUUCCAACAGUAUCGAUUCCGCAACCAUCGGUUUAUGGGGGGUUUUCAGUGAACGCAAGUGCACCUAGAUUGAACCAAAAUCCCAUCGUAUCGCAAGCUCCCGUGGGUGGGUAUUAUCCAGCGAGUUCAGCUCUUCCGUCAAGCUUCCCGGGCCCGGUGGGUCCAACGCAGCAACAACUGUUGGCGAGGCAAGUCAUGCCGAGAGAUCUUCCGCCGUUUCGAGGGGAUCCUGAGGAUUGGCCGCUGUUUUUCAGUGCGUACACCAAUUCGACGGCCGCCUGUGGGUAUUCCAAUGUGGAAAAUUUAGCUCGGCUACAACGUGCGCUACAGGGCAAGGCGUUCGAGGCGGUGAAGAGCCGCUUACUCCUUCCGGCGUGUGUCCCUCAUGUCAUGUCCACAUUGUACAUGCUGUACGGUAGACCGGAGCUAAUAAUCCAGACAUUGCUGGACAAAGUUCGUGAGACUCCAGCACCAAGAGCUGACAGGUUGGAAACGUUAAUCACUUUCGGCAUGGCGGUUCAAAACCUGUGCGACCACAUCGAGGCAACUGGGCAAAUGGCACACAUGUGUAACCCAGUUUUACUGCGAGAAUUGGUGGACAAAAUUCCCGCGCAGCUACGUUUGAACUGGGCACUCUACAAACAGCAGCUAGCAACGGCCGAUCUACGUACACGCUAA